CUCGGAAAACGUGCUCCGUUCGGCACAACAAUAAACAAACGUAAUCUGGAGUCAUCCCACCUCACGGAAUUGUCUGUUUGUGUUUCUAACGCAAAGAACGCGUGGAACUUUAGCACAACACCUUUGGCAAUUACAGCCGAGCAGUCGCGAAGGAAGUUCGUAGGAAGUGCCUCAUCCGCCAACGUUUAGGAACGAGACAAAGUUUGAACGACCAUUUACAAGUUAAGCAAAACGGAACUUACGCGACAAAAGGGAUCAUCGAAAAGACAACAAACAAUCGAACAUAUUGUUAUCCGUUGACAAAUAGGUGAGACGUUUUGACAAAACCUCGCGCUGUCUGUAUAAGAUCAAUCGCCGAGAAGUCCCGUUAUGAAAACACGCGAGUCGAGAGAUAAUAGGAUUGAAAAGCGAGUCUAAUCAGCGGUUACACCUGUGGGAGGGAGUUACAGAUGUCAAUUAAAGACGGACAUAAAUACGACUUAGAUAAUCCACAGUACGAACUUACCUGUUAGUUUGAAGAACACUGCAUGCGGCUAAGGCGUUAACGACCACUGACGAAAAAAAAAAAUUCUGAAAAUAGUACACCGGCCCAAUAUUCUCUGUCAACAGUUUAACAAGUCAUCAUGAGAAGUGUCACCAUGGAAGAAGGCGAACUGGGAGCGACAGUGUUGGUGUCCUCAGAUCGCAGUAUGUCGAUGCUAAUAGCCGAACCUUCGUGCGAGGACGUCAACCCUGCAUCAGACGAACCGACCGCACACGUGACGCUGCCCCAACGAUACAAGCAGCAGCUAAACAAGACGAAAUCUGCUGUACCUCGAAAUGGUCUCACUGACGACCUGAUUUCCAGAGAGAAAGACCUUGGCAUUGCCCUCAGAUGGAUUAGGCAAGAAAUCCUUCAGAUGAAAGAACAAGACAAAUGUCUACUGAAACAGUUCGUCGAUCUGCGAGCCAGUAUCUUACAGCUUCGUUGCAUGUACCAGCUUCAGGGAUCCACGCCUGACGUCAGCAGUCUUGAGGGAAGCACCACAUCACUGACUGACGUCGCCGCGAAACACCGGAAGUGUCAUGUCGGUAUCCCACGUGCAGAUAGUGACUUCCUUGACUUUUCAUCCAGAACAAAAUCGCUGAUGUCAUUACAAAACUCACCACAGUUUACUCGCCUCAAGUGGAAAAGCGAUGAAUUCAUUUGAACCCCCCCCCCCCCCCCAACC